ACAACCGAAUGUGUCGGGAAACCGUGAGAGACUAAACAAAAACGUGUGGAGAUUUUGAGCGGGUUCCUAAAGUAAAUAUUGUGCGCCAAACAGCAAAUAUAUAUAAUUGUUUUUAGAAUAAGUGCAUUAUUAUUGAAUACUGUUUCAUUAUAUAUAAAUAACAAUCUGAUUAUUAGCGAUUACAUCUGAAAAAAGAUUCAUCGUAGAGUAUUGAAAUGUCUAUUAUAAGUGAUACACCACGCUGUAACUGUUGUGAUGAUGUUAUGGAGGAGAUUUUAUCAAUGCGCAUAAGUUUUGAAAAAUUAUUUUAUCGAUUACGAAAAGAAAUAGUUGGACUGAGACGUGAAGUUAUAGAUGUGUUGGUAGGCAAUUCCGAAACAAAGGAUUCAUUACCCUCAGAUGAAACAUUAAAGGUAUUAGAAUCGGAUAAGGCUCAAUGUAGUGAAAAGUCUACAUAUACAGUUGAUGUUAGCAUUAGUGAUACGGAAACUGAAAGCUUACCAUCGAAGAAGUUAAAGAAGUGUACCGAUUCAAAAGCGAAAGCAAAGAAAAAUGAAGUGGAGAGGGUUGAGCCGGGUUUAAUGGUAGCCACAGCCCGACCAGUUUUGGAUUUUUUUAAUAUACAAGCUAGAGUUAUGCCCACACAACCAUUUAGAGAUGCGCAGCAGUUUGAAGACUGGAAUAUACUUUUAAGAAACGACGAAGAUCAACGCGACCAGUUGCGAGUGGAAUUAAUGCAGGGCAACUUUAAGGAGCCAGAAAAGUAUGUUAUCCAAACUUGGCGUAAUAUUUUCCAUAAUGAUGCUGCUCACCAUUAUUCAUAUAGAGGAACUGGUCGGGACAAACGUGCAAUUAAAGACUACAUAUUUACAGAUAUUUUCAAAGAGAUAUUUUUACAACGGUUUCAACACAUGGAUGCGGAAUUUUUCAUAGAACGAACCAUGCGUUUCUUUAAAUACGUACGCGAUCAAAGGCGUAAAGCUGCACUAAAAGAGCGAAAACUUCAAGAAAAACCAAUUGAGGCACAAGAAGUUGAAGUUGUACAAGAGUCCAUGGAUGACGAAUAAAUAA